AUGACAAAGAAAAAAGGAUGUUUAAAAGAUAUUUCAAAGAAUUUAAAAGAAGGAGAAAAUUAUACAAUUGGAGAGAAUAUAAUUUUUGAAUUUUUUGUAAUUACAAAAGAAACAUUUAAUAAAGGAAUUGAAAUAAAUAAAAGAUAUGUAUUUGAUAAAGAAAUAGGAAGUGGAAGUUUUAGUCAUGUUUAUUUAGCAAGAGAUAAAAUUGAUAAUCAACAACUUGUAAUAAAAACAUUAAAAAAAGAAAUUAUUAAUAAUCAAAUUUACUUUCAUCAAUUUGAACAUGAAAUUUCAAUAAUUAAAAAAAUUAAACAUCCUUUUAUUAUUUCAUAUUAUAAUGAUUAUAAUAUUAAUAACAAUAAAUUUCUUGUAUUAGAAUAUGCUCCUAAUACUUUAAUUUCUUAUUUAAAUAAACAAAAAUCAAAAGAAAAAAAAUAUAUUGAUUUAUCAAUUUGUGAAAGAAUUUUUAAAGAAUUAUGUUGUGCUGUUCAAUUUAUUCAAAAAGAAUUUAAUUUAAUUCAUAGAGAUAUUAAAUGUGAAAAUAUUUUAAUAAAUGAAAAUGGUCAUUGUAAAUUAACAGAUUUUGGAUUAUGUAUAACUGUAAAUGAAUGGGAACAUGAAAAAAUUAAAAAAGGUGGAAUAGGAACUCCUGAAUAUCUUGCACCUGAAGUAAGAACAACACCUGCUUAUUAUUCAUUUAAAAGUGAUUGUUGGAGUGUAGGAUGUGUAUUAUAUUGUUUAAUUACUGGUAAUUUUUAUAAAUUAUCAUAUAAUAAAGCAAUAUUUGAUGAAAUUAAAACUACAAAUUCUUGUUAUAAAAUGCUAAUUGAAAAAGGAAAAAUGCUUUUAGAAGAAGAUUUAGAAAAAAGACCAACAAUGAUUAAUUUUGUUCAUCAAUUUAGUUAUUUUAAUGAUACUGAAAGAGAAUGUACAAAUUAUAUUAAUUCUAUUAAUGAACAUCAAAAAUCUAUAUCUUCUUCUGAAGUAUUAAAAAUAAAUAAAAAUAAAUCAAAAGAAUUUCCUAUUAAACAAUUAAAAAAAAUACUUCUUUUAAAAGUAGUGAUGUAA